AUGCACACCCAUACCAUCAUCCUCGCAGCGGCCGUUGCUAUCGUUGCACGGCUCACAUACAUCCUUUACAGCCUCCUAACUUCUUCCCUCCGCUCCAUCCCAGGCCCUUUCCUUGCCCGCUUCACGAAACUCUGGUACUUCAACAGCAUCUACAAAGGUCAGGCUCAUUGGGAUAACAUCUCUCUCCACCGCAAGUAUGCCAAAGACGGAGCCUUCUACGCCCCCAUCGUACGCCUCGGACCAAAAAUGUACAGCAUUGCACAGCCCGAUCAAGCCGUCUACGGCAUUGGAUCGAAGAUGCCCAAGUCGAGCUGGUACGAAGGCUGGAAACAUCCCUCUCCCGACCGCUGGACGAUGUUCCCGGACCGGGAUAUCAAGAGACAUGCAGAGACGAGGAGGAAGUUCCAGAGCAUGUACUCCCUCACCAGUCUUCUGCACUAUGAACCUUUCGUCGAUAGCGUUGGCGCCAUCUUUAAGCUUCGCCUGAGCGAAAUGGCAACGAAGGGUGCAAGGGUGGAUAUGCACCACUGGCUCCAAUGCUACGCUUUCGACGUAAUCGGGAACAUCACCUACGGCCAUCGCUUUGGAUUCCUUGACGAGGGGAAGGAUAUCGAUCGCUGUAUGACUAGCCUCGAAUCGAGUAUGAUGUACUCGACCCUCGUCGGGAUCUACGCAUGGGCGCAUCCGUAUCUUUAUUACUUCUUGGAGAAAUACUUCCCCAACUCGGGAGCGGCGGGGAGGAGCUAUAUCAUGUCCUUUGUCCGGAAGGAGAUUGCGAACAGGGAAGUGGUGAGGAAGGGGCUUGAGGCUAAGGGGGAACGACCUGGUCCUGAUGGUGAUGCGCCCAGGGACUUUCUGGAUCUUGCCAUGGAUGCGGAGCAGGAUCAAGAGAAGGGGAUGACGAAGUAUAAUGUUUUCAUGAUGGGGUUGAGUAAUAUUGUGGCGGGGAGCGAUACUACGGCUGUGAGUCUGAGCUCCGUACUCUGGCAUCUCACGACGAAUCCUUCGGUCCUGGCGGAGCUGAGGCAGGAGCUGGAUAUGGCUAUCACAGAAGGAAGGAUGUCUCGUGAUAGAAUCACGCUUAAGGAAUCCCAAGAUCUGCCCUUCCUGCAGGCUUGUAUCAAGGAGGCGCUGAGGAUGUGCGCGGCGACUGGACUUCCUUUGUGGAGAGUCGUGCCGGAGGGUGGUAUUGAGAUGCUGGGACAGUACUUCCCAGCCGGCACUGAAGUCGGUAUUAACUCUUGGGUUGCUCACUAUGAUGAGGAUAUCUGGGGACCAGACGCGAAGCAGUACAGGCCACAACGAUGGAUCGAGGCGCAAGAGGAUAAGGAGAGGCUGAGGGAGAUGGAGAGUCAUUAUUUACCGUUUGGCCUGGGAUCGAGGACUUGUAUCGGGAGACAUAUCUCGUUUCUGGAGAUCUGCAAGGUUAUACCGAUGGUGGUGUCAAACUUUGAUUUCGAUUUGACGAAGUCGACACAAGAGCUGAAGACGGAGAAUUAUUGGUUCGUGAGGCCUACGGAUUUUGAGGUGCAGGUGAGAGCCAGGAAGUAG